AGUAGCGCGCGGAGUGGGAUUGCUGCGGGGAAAUUUGGAUUCCACUUGAUUUUAGUUGCUCUUUAUUCAUACUUUUAAUAUACAUUAUAUACAUACAUAUAGAAAGAAAGUAAAGGUACAGAAGACCAUUGAAAGAAAGUGAUGUCGAGUAGCGGGCUGGCUAUCAGCGUCCCCAACACUGAAGAAAGCACUGUUUUUGCUCAACUGAAACCUGUGGCCAUGGCCGACGGCGUCUCAGAGGAGCAGCCGGUGUUUGAAGACAUCAAACCGCCAGUUAGGAUGCUGGAGACGCAAAACGAAUUGUCGCAGACGAAUAUAUUUCUAGGAGAAGAUACUAUUAAAUCAUCAGGUUUACUGAAAUCACAUUUAUUGCAACUGCUGCAAACAAAUGCAUCAUCUCCAAGUCAAGUAAAAUCAGAAAUGGACAAGUAUCUGGCCCCGCUAAUUCCACCAGCUCCAACAAUUCUGGACCAGAAGAAAUACCGAAGGGAGAGUGCCUCAGUAGUAGAUGAGUUUUUUGAGGAGCAAAUUACAUCACCAUACAGCUUGAAUAUCAACCUAAUUCUGCCUGAUAUCACACACCUGAGAACAGGUCUUUACAGAUCUACAAAGCCAGCCCUCCCACAAGUAAAGACGGAGCAAGACACUAAUUUUACCCAGUCGUGCACAUCCAGCACGACAAAUGCCCUGCCUGAGUUCACCAGUGUGUUCAGUGUGCCACACUCAGUUCCUGUGAAUAAUAUUUUCAUCAAGCAAGAGGCCCCUUCCCCGGAACUACAGCUCCCUGUCAGUUCACAUCAACCCCAGAUGUACCAAAUGCCAAUGAACACAGAUGUUGUCAAUAUGCCUUUGAGCUCUACACAGUCACUUGGCAACACUACAGUUAUUCACAGUUGUAACAAUGUUACCAUGUCAACAGGCAUGGGUAGACCAAACAAUCCAUGUUCCCAAUCUUCAGUUAAACAUUUUCAAACGGUUGUAUCCACACCAAACGGCUAUGUUUUGCCAGCCCAGUUUUAUCAGCAGCAGAAUUCAUACUUGCCACCCUCACCACCUAACUCCCAGCCUGGUAGCCCAGAGAACCAGCCUGAUCUGAUCAAUACACUCUCGCCACCUCCAUCAUAUGCUGCAUCAGUGGCAUCAAAGAUAGUUCAUCAUUCGCAGAUCCACAAUCUUCCACCCACUUUGCAGACAUGUCAACCUAGCUUCCAGCCAACGAAAUAUAGUCGACGUAACAACCCUGAGUUGGAGAAGCGACGCAUUCAUCACUGUGAUUUCCCAGGCUGCACUAAAGUUUACACCAAGAGUUCUCAUUUGAAAGCCCACCAAAGAACCCACACAGGUGAAAAACCAUACAAGUGUACAUGGGAUGGUUGUGAUUGGCGUUUUGCCCGUUCUGAUGAACUUACCAGACACUACAGAAAGCACACAGGAGCUAAACCUUUCAAAUGCAUCGCCUGUGGUCGUUGCUUUUCACGUUCGGAUCACUUGGCUCUUCACAUGAAGAGACACCAGAAUUAGACCAACUGUGACUGACUGAUAUCUAAAAUGUACAGAUGAACAAAAUACUGCCAUUUCCACACACAUAUACAGGAGAUAAAUAGCUGCAUAUAUAUGAAAGAAUAUAUUGUUGGUAGUAGAAAGAUGUUUAAGUGGAAAACAAUUAUGCAAUGCAUUCAAUUCACAGAAAAAUGUAUUAUUUAUUCUGUAUUUCCUGAAAGCAAACCUGAAAUGUUUUAGAAAACAUGAAAUUUUGGGGGAACUGCAAUAAAUUUCUAUAUUCAACAUAUGAAUUAAUUUGGAAUGUGAAUUUGGAACUUACUUUGCUGAUAGUCAUAGUUAAAAUAGACUGAUAAUUAAGGGAUGCAAAGGCACCCAAUGUAAGUAUAAUCUUGAAAUGACUGAAAGUGGUGUUAUCAUACAACUAACACAAUCUGAUGUUAGCCUUCCCUCCGCAUUGUAUUAACAGAAGAGAUAACUUGUAUUCUUCUUUAACAAACUGGCAUCCAGUAAAGAGAGGGAUUUCUUGAGGAUGAUGCAGAAAGCUUCAGGCUGAUUUGGGCAGGUUGAGGGAGUGGGCAGAUAUAUAUAAUGUGGAUAACUGUGAGCUCUUCCACUUUGGAGGCAAUAAUACAAAAGCAGGUUAUCAGAAUAACUGUAAGCUGGGAAAGUGGGAGAGUAAUGUGGAUGAACUGUCCUUGUGCUCCAGUUCUUGAAGUAAGCAUAAUGAUGUAGCAGGCAAUUAGGAAGAAAAUUCGUGCACUGACCUUCACAGCAAGAGGAUUCAAGCAUAGAAGCAGUGACAUGUGCAUUUCUGGUUUCCUUAUAUGAGGAAGGAUGUUCUUGCCAUGCAAGGGGAUCAGUAAAGAAAUACCAGAUGAUUCCUAGGAUGGCAGGACUGACAGAUGCGGUUGGGUUAAUUAGUCUUAUAAUUAACAGAUUUUAGAAGAGUGAUAGGGAAACUUAUAAAAUGCUUCAAAAUUCUAACAUUUAGAUGCUCCCUGUAGUGGGGGGGGGGGAUGUUGAAGUAAGUUGGAGUAAGAAGAAAGCCUUUUAUGACUGCGAUAAGAAUUUCUUCUCACAGAGAAUUCUGACCCUGUGAAAUUCUCUGUCACAGAAAGCAACUGAUGUCAAAACACCAGGUAUAUUCAACAUGGAGUUAGAUAUUGAUCUUUGGGGAAGAGAUACGAGAAGGAAGAUGGAAUAGGGUACUGAUUUUAGAUGAUCAGCUAUAAUCCUAUGGAAUGGGAGAGAUUCAGAAUCAGGUUUAAUGUCACUGACAUAUAUCGUAAAAUCCAUUGUUUUGCAGCAGCAGUAGAUUGCAAUGCAUAAUAAUAAAAUCUAUAAAUUGCAAUAGAAGUGUAUAUAAAAAAAGAAAAUGAAAUUAAGUAAUGCAAAGAGAGGGAAAAAAUACUGAGGUAGUGUUCGGGGUGCAUCAUCCAUUCAGAAAUCUGUUGGCGGAAGGAAGAAGCUGGUCCUGAAACACUGAGACCAUGGAUUCUGACUCUUGUACCUUCUCCUUGAUGGUAGCAAUUGUAAGAAGGGAUGUCCUAGCUGAUGAGGGUUCUUAAUGAUGAAUGCUGCAUUUAUUGAGACAUCACUUUUUGAAGAUGUCCUCGUUGCUGGAGAGGCUAGCGCCCAUGGUGGAGCUGGCUGAGUUUGCAACUUUCAGCAGCUGUUUCUGAUCCUCUAAUGCUCUCCUCUUUUUAUUUCAUUUUAAGAAGUCGGGACAGAUAUUUGCCUCAUCCUGUGUGAAUGGCCUUUACUGAAGAGAGUACUGCUUAAAGGAUCUGUGCCAGGGAAUUGUAGUCACAUCCAUGGCUUACAUUGUCACCAGAGGGAGCUCAGAAUUACUGAAAUUUCCUUUAACAGUUCAUCAGUUCAGUAUGUAUACAAUAGACUUUGAUGCAAUGGCAUCGUUCACAGACAUUUCUUUACUUAUUUUGGCAGAAGAGUAUUUUAAAGACAUGUAGGAAGAUAGAUAGAAUCAAAUGUCACUAGAAAACAUGAAAAUAAAGAACAUUAGAUGACAACACUGACAAACGCAGACAUGGUAGCCUGAAACCACUGUACAACGGGUUGAUUCAGGGCAGGUUCUCUUUUCAGCUCUGCGUACUCGAACUGCAGUGCACAUUACAGGCUCUACAGCACACUUGUAUCUUAAUUUUAGGACGGAAAGUUAAUGAGUUUCUUCAGCAAUGGUUAUGUGAACAAUUAUGGUGAAAGUUGAGAAAGAUGUUGCAGGUUGCAAUGCAACUCCUGGAUUAAUUCACACUAAAUAUUAGCUCUAUAUUUUGUGCCAAGCUCUGGCUUAAGGUACGGUGUUACUCUAUUAUUUUGCUUGUGUAUAUGAUCUGCUGAAUAUUGACUGCAUUGACAAGGGCAUUUGAAUAUAGACAAUUUGCCUUAAAUACAUGUGUCAGCUACUGAACACUGUGGGGUGGACAAUUUUUAGAAAGCAUUGGAUAUAAUGCAUGGAAGAAUUUUUUUUAUGUAUCUACUGAUUGCCAUUAGCUAAUAAAGCUGUUGUAACCUCAUGAACAGAAGCAUCAUGUGGGCUUUGCAUUUAACUGUUGACAAAGCAACUUUUUAAUAUUGUUAAUGACUUUAAGGGUAAUUUGAUCCUUUUAAAUUUUGCUGCUGUUUUAAAUGUCAGUUAGUCAGCUUCCACAUUAUUCUCUUGACGUUUUGCCAUGAGACUGAACUGAUGAUCAUUUUGAUUCAUAAACUUAAACACUAACAAAAUUAUACGUAUGCCCCUCAGGUAACCUCAGCAUUACUUUAGACAGGUUUAAUGAUAUAGAUAUAUAAGACCAGAAGACUAGGAGCAGAAUUGGGCCAUUCGGCUCAUCGAAUCUUCUCUGCUAUUCCAUCAUGGCUCAUUUAUCAUCUCUCUCAACCCCAUUCACCUGCCUUCUCCCCCUAACCUUCGACACCAUGAUUAAUCAAGAACCUAUCAACCUCCACCUUAAAUAUACCCAAUGACUUGGCUUGCACUGCCAUCUGCGGCAAAGAAUUCCACAGAUUCGCCACCCUCUGGCUAAAGAAAUUUUUCCUCAUCCCUGGUCUAAAUAGACAUCCCUCAUUUCUGAGACUGUGCCCUCUGGUCUUAGACUCCCUCACUAUAGGAAACAUCCUCUCCACAUCCACAGUAUCCAGACUUUUCAAUAUUCGAUCCAUUUCAAGGAGAUUCCCCCUGCCCAUUCUUCUAAACUCAAGCAAGUAUGAAUAAUCUGUCUGUAUCAUAUAUCUAAUACAUUUCAUCACUUCAUUUACAGAAACAAAAUUAUAUUAGAAAUUAUAUGCUAAUUGAAAUCUAAUGCAACAAGUAAGCAAGUUGAAAAGAAGAUAGUGAUGUGUUUCUAUUAGUGUGUAUUUUAAAGCACCCACGCUGUAGAUCAUGUUUGUAAAUGUAAAUGUGUAACAUAUUGCAGUAAUCAAAUUUUCUGAAAGUGUAUUGAGUUGAAAUGAUAGUCUUUAUCAGAAACAAAGUAGAGGUAUUUUGUACUUCUUUGGAAGUGAAAGCAAAAAUACCUGUUUUCCCUAGUAUUUUCCCUCCUCCUAAUCCCAAACGGACUCAUAAUGUAGGAAAUCAGGAUAAGCAAAUUAAUCUGCUUUUUGCUUGGACAUGAAAAAUGACCGUGUGGACAAAGUAUCUAAGGGCUACUGCCAGGUUAGGGACUCUAUACCAGUGUAUAAUAAGAUUUUCAAGACAGAAAUAAGAGAGUUAAGGAGAUGAAACAAAUGUCAAUUUCAAACAACAAUGAUGUUUACAAAUUCUAUAAAGACAAUUUUACCAACUUGGAUGAAUCAACUCACAGUUGAGAAAUAGAUCACAAUGUUAGUAAUAACAAUGAUAACAUUUAUUUAAUUGUCAGCAUGUUGGACAGCUGUCUCUUAAGGUGAUUAGCUUGAAGAAGCUAGACUAAUACUGUGAGGAAGAAAAGAGCAAACAAUUUCCUAACCCACCUGAAAGAUGGCAAAAGAUGAAAUUUGGGGACAAUUAAUUGGAUACAAUCAGCCAAUUAAAUCCACAUUCAUUCUGAUGUUACACAAGGAGCAUGCAGCAUAAUUAGUACUGUGUCAAGUUGUGUACUAGUGGAUGAAAAGUUUACAACACUUGUGGAACAGCAUGUUUUUUUAAUCAAGUACCCAAAGAAACAAAAGCAUGUAAAUAUUUGAAUAUCUCACCUUGUAUAUAAUUUUUAUAAGUUGUUAAUGUAAUGUUUAUAUUCAGAACAAAGGGGAAGAAAAUGGUGGUAGUUUUACUUUGUUAUCACUUAUUUUUAUAAUGUAGCAUUUCACAAUUUUGAAGAGAAAUCAAAAAUAAUUAAUGUUUGGAAAUAAAUUUUCUGAUAUAGUGAUUUUGGAUUUUUCUAAAAACUAUAUUGUAUAAUAAGAGAAAAGGAACAAAAUAAAAGCUGUUUAUAGU